AUGAUUAUGGACAUCACGUUUCAGGCGACAACAACUACUGCACAACCACGUCAUGAUGUGUACAAAUUGCUAAGAACACUGAAUUUAACCGAGGAGGAAACUGAUAAUCUCGUGAGCCAUGUUGAGAAGGUCGUUCGUGAAGAAUUGGUGAAGAAAUUGGCGGAAACACGACUCGCUGCUCUGAACAACACUCGUACAUCUGCGAGCCACAAAUCAACGAAAGAAUCGACCUUCACGACGAAAGCUGUGACUGAAGCCACAACUACGCCGGCUGAGAGAGAGGUCGAGGAACGCGGCGAAAGCCCUGUGAGGCCAACAAAGACAGACAAGGACUUGUUGAUGCUCUUGCCGCGAAAGAAAGUCGAAACGGAAAUCAAGCAUCAUCCGCCACGACUUGAAGACAGAAUCCCUGAGUUUGAUUCACCGUCAAGGAAACGACGCAAGGCUGACGUUUCGAUUAUUUGUAUUGAUCUUGAAAGUGAAACUGAACUAACAACAUCCUCUCAAUCAUCCAGCGAGCUUUCUACUACUCAAUCUUCUGAACCUCAUAGUUCGCAGUCGUCCACCGACAUACCUUCGCAGUCGUCUAAUAAACCAUCUUCAUUGAGUGAGCAACCAAAAGCUGAAGAAUCAAUGACUGCAUUGAAUAAAUCCCCAUCUACCAAGGUAUUCCGCUCUGCGAAGAUGCUGAAAAAUGAAGCGAAUAUGAGUUGGACUGUCGAAGAAGUAAUGAAAGCGUACGGCUCCGAAUCUAAAACCGAGACUACGCCAAGCACAUCCGCAUCGAUUAUUCCUGCUGGACGUAGUGCCUACUUUGUGCGCAGGUAUUUUUCACAUCUUGUUCAUGAUUCCAUGGUCUCCCAUUUGUUGUCUAGAGUUAUUCGAUUGCCUAUGAUGCGCGAUGUAACCUAUUUCGAUUGA